AAACAACACAUCCCCGCAAGCAUCCGCCUGCAAAGAAGAAAAGUAAGGGAGUGGUCGACAAACGCCUUGAAACUUAAAAAGGACUUUAACUUAUCUCGAGAUAAAAGCGAUGGCGGUGGAAGUUAGCAGGGAUCUGACGGUGCAGGUGCUGCAGGAUGUGAAUGCUGCCAAGCUAACUGACAGACAGCAGGCGGUGCGCGCUGCUGUCAGGAGAGGAGAGCCCAAAUGUCUGGGGGUGAGCCAGGUGAUGCUGGGGCUGAUGGUCAUAUCCUACUCCAUUCCUCUGCACUUCACUGAGGUCACUGAGGUCGUCCACCUGGGAGUUCCAUGGUGGAGUGGCCUGACGUUCAUCGCAGCAGGAGUGGUCGCUAUCAUCUUGGACAAACACAGCACCAUGAAGAUUCUGCAGGUGUGUUUGCUGGCGAGCUUGGUGUCCACUGUGCUGUCAGUGGUGGCGGUGAUCAUCUACUCUGUAGACAUAGACAGGAACCCUGAGGUGCUCUGCGUCAACAGGAAGUACGAGAGCUGUGAUGAGGAGCACUACACCACGAGGUUGAGCCGGGGGAUAAAGUCAGCCCUCCUCGUCUUCACCCUGGCCCAGACAGCCAUCUCGGCUGUGCUCGGCUUCCUUCUCUUCAGGCACAGACGCGGCUUCGGACAGUACGCUUCUCUCACUGAGGCUGCUCCGACCACCUCCACAUCAUUCAACUCCCCCGACCUGAACUGACCAAUCAGUGGACCUGUAGGAUCAUUCCUCAUCCCAACCUCUUCCACAGAGCCGACUCAUCCCCUGUUCUAUGUGCAGUGACUUUGACUAUAUGCUUGUAACUAUGACUUAUUCAAUUCAUUUAUUUUAUUUAUAGUGUCAAAUCAUAAUGGACGUAAUCUCAGGACCCUUUCUAGAUACUCUAGGUCUAGACCCAACAUUCCCCCAAGAGCACAGUGCCACCUGACAUUUCUAAGGGUUUUUGUGAAUAUUAGAUUAUAUAACACGUCAGCCAAGUGAUUCAAAACUUUAAUAAGCAACAGAGCUGUAGUAAAUAAAAUGGAAUGGAAGAAACAA